AGUGCUGUUAAACAGAUAACCGGUGCUGAACGUUGGAGAGGAUAGAGUACUCAACAAUGGAGCAGUGCGCCUGUGUGGAGAGGGAGCUGGAGAAGGUACUCCACCGGUUUGUCAUGUAUGGCCACAUGUCAGAAGAGCGGUUGGAUGAGCUGCUGCGCUAUGUUUGUGAACUGCGAGGUCAGCUUGUCACCUUUGGUGUGCAGGAUGUCGACCUGUCUGUUUUCUCCCAGUCCAUGGCCCAGUGCUGCAAGAAUAUCAAAGACACUGUACAGAUGCUUGCCUCCCGGCACAAGGACAUACAUGGCAGUGUGUCCAAAGUGGGCAAAGCCAUUGACAGGAAUUUUGAUGCAGAGGUGAGUGCUGUUGUGGCUGAGACAGUAUGGGACUCCCCAGAGAGACAGAAGUAUUUAAGUGAAACCAUUGUGGAGCAUUUAUAUCGGCAAGGCAUGUUGAGUGUUGCUGAAGACCUCUGUCAGGAGUCUGGGGUGGUUAUUGAUACGAGUCUGAAGCAGCCAUUCCUCGAGUUAAACCGCAUUUUGGAGGCUUUAAGAAUGCAGGACCUGAGGCCAGCGCUAGAAUGGGCUGUGGCAAACCGGCAGCGACUUCUGGACCUCAACAGUAGUCUGGAGUUCAAACUUCACCGCCUGUACUUUAUCAGCCUCCUGAAUGGUGGAAUGAGCAAUCAGCUGGAGGCUCUACAGUAUGCCCGCCACUUCCAGCCCUUUGCUUCACAGCACCAGAGAGAUAUCCAGAUUCUGAUGGGCAGCCUGGUCUACCUGCGCCAUGGCAUUGAGAACUCACCCUAUCGCAGUCUCUUGGAGCCAAAUCAGUGGGCAGAGAUCUGUACCAUCUUCACCAGGGAUGCUUGUGCUCUGCUGGGGUUGUCUGUAGAGUCCCCACUCAGUGUCAGCUUUGCAUCUGGCUGCAUGGCCUUGCCUGUCCUUAUGAACAUUAAACAGGUCAUUGAGCAGAGGCAGUGCAGUGGUGUUUGGACACACAAAGAUGAGUUACCGAUUGAGAUUGAUCUAGGGAAGAAGUGUUGGUAUCACUCUGUGUUUGCUUGCCCCAUUUUGAGGCAACAGACUUCUGAGAGCAACCCACCAAUGAAACUCAUCUGUGGGCACGUUAUAUCACGAGACGCCCUAAACAAACUCACCAAUGCUGGGAAAUUGAAAUGUCCUUACUGCCCCAUGGAGCAGAACCCAUCAGAUGCCAAGCAGAUCUUCUUCUGAUCACUGUCACUUGUGAAGGAUACAGGAGUGUUCAGUUGCUCUGGAUGAGACAACCAGGAUCCACCUUUGCAGGUGCCAGGAGGCCUUCACAGGUCGUCAAAGGCUGAGCCUUUACAGUGUUUGCCCCUUCGCAUGCCAUUCAUUUACAGAGAUCACUAGUGGGAGGAGCCUGUAUGGGUACCUCAGGACACAUGUAUUUUCAUGGAUCCUAUUCAUUCACUUUUUUUGCUACUGCCUGGGACUUUUUGUAGCAGAUUUAAGUAUUAAUACAUUUCCCAGAAUUGCUCUUUUAAUUUCCUUUUGGUGUUUCUUCAGUUUGAGCAUAAGCAGAAAGACAUUAGAAUGUUUGCAGAAAUUUGGUAAAUGUUCUAUAUAUGGAUUUAAUCUACAUGUAUCAGUACUAGAACUCGCUGCAACUGCAAUAUAUCCACAAAUUAUUUAUUUGGAUAGGUAAUGGUUCUUUGCUGUUGGUGAUGAUGUAAAUAGCUGAAUUCUCUAAUAAAUAAGUAAGUUGAACAGUGUGUAUGUGUUCAAGGUGCACACAAUUUUCAUACACAUACAAAUGCUUAUAGCAGAGGACCCCAGUAUGUGAUUAGGGUUAUUAUCAAUUUCUUUUGUGGAUUGCUGGGUGUUUGGGAUCAUUAAUCUAAUUUACUCUUUAGGAGUGAGGACUUGGAAUCCACAUUAGUUGUGUGUGUAUUAAGUAUUUCAACUGAAAAAAAUAUACUACUGUUACAUGUGCUGUGUUUGGUUUUGUCUCUUUUGUAUUUAUGUAUUUCUUGGAACAUUUUAUUGCUUAAUAUGAUAAAACAGACCUUUUUGUGCCAUUUUCCCAUGGGGUGUAUUCUGAUGCAAUGUGUGGUUCACGUUUGCAUGACUGCAAACUCUCAGGCAGCAUGAUCGUGUGUUGCUGUGGAGUGAAAGGUUAGUCUUGGCCUCUGAUCAUUGGUCAUAGUAGAAUGUAAGUAAUCUACAGGAAAGUGUUGCUGCUAGUUAUGAUUGUUAUUGAUCUAUGUCCACACAUGUGAUGUGUUGCUCUGGCUUGCCACAGCUGUCAUGCAGUUUUGCGUUCUGGGUUUAUUGUGUUUGUCCACAGUAGUUACAGAUGGACGGCUUAUCCUUCCACCUCUGUACCUUGUUUCAGGUCUUGCGUGUAUACAGACAUGUAUUUGAUUUUCUCAGGGUCAUGUAAAACUUAUACUAUGCUUUUUUGAUAUAUGCAGUGUAUUUAAAAGGUAAAAGAUGAAUUUUCCAAAAUGUUACGGCAUAGCAUUUUUAAAAAAAAAAAAA